GCUGCGCCCUCCACUGUCCACUGUCGUCCAGUUCUCUCGUUGCUUCAGCCUUUUCCCCCUUGUCCUGGUCCAUUGACACGGCAGCUACUUCCUGUUUGACCUUUGUUGUCCUCGUCGCCUUUACAAUUAUGUCGCGUGUUCAUCGUUACACCCGCCCUUCUCAGUAACCACCCUAUCGAGUCUUUGCCGGCCUAUCCCCCGACCCCGUUCGAAGCGAAAGCAUCCUGUACCUCUUCUAUUGUUUGUGUGAGGCUGGGAAGGAAGAGAGCUUCAACUCAAGAAACACCAGCAUCGUACGGAGUAUCCCUACGCCAACCGAGAACGAAAGGUCCUUUUUUCGCGUGACAAGGCGACUCCCUCUGGGCUGUUACGGCAUGAUCUAAACAUUGUACAUUCGAUAUACAUUUACGGCAUGCGACAGUAACUUCCUUCGGGGCCUUUCCUCCCUCCUGUCUGUCCCGCUGAGCUUCGCGCCAGCAGCCGUUCGUUUCGACCAGUCGCUCCUUUACAGACUUCCACGUCCCAGUGUAUAUCAAUCAUCAGUCAGCUACCCCUCAAUCGAAAGAACUGCAUAUCCCGGGCCUGCCGAGACACAAGAAAAUCAUCCGUACCGCUAUACAGACCAUUAUUUGAAACGAUACCCGCAGACCAUUCAGAGUCUCAUCUAAUACCAACAUAUACAUGCAUAUACCUGAUCAUUCGGCACAAUGGAGAGACCAGCAAAACGAAUGAGAAUAUCUAAUCCAGAAAUACGAAAUCCCCGCGAUACGGGUUCCAGAAUGACAGAAGGACUAUUCACCUCUGAACUCGGCAUUCAAGGCGAUGAUCCAGAGAGCGCCAUCCGUCCUACCAGAACCAUCAGCUUGUCCGAUUUCCAAAGACGAAACAUAUACGGGGAAUACCAACGCGUGCCACGACAAGUUCUACCACGAGGCAAUCAGGGCAUAUAUCUUCGUCCAAGAGCCCCAGAUGCCACUGUCACCGCCAGCGUGGUCGAGAUCAAUGUGAACGAUGGCACUUCAGUCUCCAAGGUCACAGAGGUAACAGCGGCUCCUUCUGGGACAGUCGUGUCGAUAUCGAACGCCGGCUCAGCCACUGUUUCUGUUACUGUACCGGGGCUUACAGGAGCGAGUGAUUCAACCAGCGGCGCUGUGACUGAUUCUUCUACCCACAUUACGAGCACUACUUCUCGAAUCUCAUCUUCUUCUACCACUGCCACCGAUGGGUCAACCACAACCACCUCAGAGGCGAGCACAACUGGCUCACUCCUCUCUGAAGGCCCCACCAAUGGCACCACUAUCCUGCCAGGCUCGACCAUUACCGCCGAGCGCACUGUGACUGUCACAGCCACGUCCACUUACGAAAUAUCCUUCAUCAAUGGCACCUACAUAACCCCAGAAGCGACCGUCUUCAUCACAGGGACGGGUUCGGGGUUGGCCACGGAGUUUGGCACCACCAACACCAUUACCGCCGGCAAUUCUGUUAGCACAUCUGCCACUUUCACUUUUGGCGACCUCACCAGCACGCCAUCUCCCACCGAUGGCUCUAGUGCCUCCGAGUCUGCUGCAGCAUCUACUGGCUACUAUCCAGGAGGUGUUGCCCAGACUGGAUCACCCACAGAUUCCUCUGCAUCCGCAGCCAGUUCCAGUUCCUCCGACUCGGGGUCUGGAGGCGGAGACGGUCCGGGGUUGACCCCAUCACAGCAACAAGUUGUCGGAGGGGUGGUUGGAGGCGUUGCCGGUGUUGCAGUCGUCCUGCUCAUUUUACUUGUUUUCCUGCGAUGGUACCGUGGUCGGCUCAAAGCACGUGGCCAACUCCCCGAACAAAUUGCGGCAAGACAACUUGGUGGUGAUUCAGGCCAUCCUUAUCCCAUGUCUCAACGCUCUUCCAGUGUGCCCUUUGCCGCUGCCGUAGCCUACAACCUGAAGAAGCUCCGGCCACACAGCACCCAGACAACCGCUACGACAGCCACUGGCGCGACAGAUCCAAGUGUCAAAGAUUCCGAGCGUGGCUUUCAACGAAUUGCCGGACGAAAAAUUGCGCCUGUCCUAGGCAGUGGUGGUGACCCAUAUGGUGGGAAUUAUGGCGCUUUCGAGAAAGACACUAUGGCUGGUCCGUCCGACCCUCUAAGCAACCAGGGUCGAGGUCUUUCGGGGGCUUCAUUCUAUCGGGACAGCGAAGGCUUUUACGGUGGCAAAGGUAAUCAGUCACCAACCUUCCCUCCCUCACCAACAACUGCCGCAGUGGGCGGGAGAGCUGGAGACUUUUCAUCCUCGCCCAGUGGUCCAGGCUCAAGUGCUAGGGAUUUCGCCGACACAGCGCGCAACGGCAGUCAGGUGUCCUUGAACACACCAAGCCGGCCUGAAGGGUAUGCGGUGAUGCGGCCCAGUCCAGCGCGAACCCCUGUCACACUCAGCCCUGCUGCGAGCUCGAUCAGGUUGCCUAUCCAACCACCACCAACCAUGGAUGAUGACGCGCCUCCUUUGCCGACUGGACUUUUAGUCCCUGGACAGAAUCAACGGGAUGGAGUUGGCCGAAGUUUGGCUAGUCAAGAUGGGAGUCGCGUGAGCAGAAGCAGUGGGCGAAGUGGAGCAAGGUUCAUCGAGAACAUGUGAAAGAAGGGCCCCUGUGGCAGACUUCUUUUGUCAUAUGGUUCCACUUUGGUCUCAAGCGAGGCGUUCGGCGAUAAUCUGCUUCGACUUUGGCAUGAGUUCCCUCACCAGGUGAUUUGUUUUGAGUCUUGACAAGGUCUACUAUUUGGAUCUGGCCGUUUGAUAUGAUACCCGUCAUUUACCUCGUAAAGAGGACCGUCAAUUUACUUGUUUAAAUGUAGCUGAAACAUCGUGCAACAUUAACAGGAGAAGUGAAAAACUUUUCAAUAUAUACCUCAGCAUGGCUGAGUGAUAUGUGCAA